AUGGCAGAAUGGGGCUACAAAUUAUUGAGUGAUGCCCAGUAUAUCCCAUUGGUUGUAGUGGGGAGCAUCUCCAGUACCUUGUCCUUGGUCGGAUCAGGCUGUAUUUUAUUCAUGUCGUAUCGCCAGCGGUCCAAGGUUCUUCAUCGGUUGCUCUUUGCUCUCAGUUUGGCUGACAUGGCACAAUCCUCAGCCAACUUAUUCAUGCCAUAUGCAAUACCUUCCUCCAUUGGUCUGCCAGGGGCUGUUGGCAAUCAUGUCACAUGCACUGCUGCGGGUUUCUUUGUCAUGUUUGGGCUCCAAUGGGGUGGCUGCCUGAAUGCACUCAUCAGCUUGUACUUUUAUUUAUCGGUUGUGCGAAGCUGGAGAGAACAUGACUUUACCCGACGGAUAAGAAUGGAAAUUGCCACGCAUGUGUUUGUGUUUCUCUUGGCGUUUGGCUUGAACUUUUUCCCUGCUGUCUAUCAAAUGAUCAAUCCCUACGAAUACAUCAACAAUCUAUGCAUCCUUUCCUCCUUCCCGUGGAAUUGUGGUACGGAGGAAGGUCAACUACCCUGUGAACGAUCUUCCCAAGAGGAACUGGACAAGUACACUCAAGCCCAUUUUCUCGUAGUUGUCAUCUUUACCAUUAUUGCUUUUGCAUGUACCUGUCGAGUCUGGUAUCAUGUCCACAGCAUACGCAAGCGGAGCGCUUCCUACACGUCUUUUGGUAGUCUGCCAGCAUCCUCCGACAAUAGUAUUCCAGCAUCAUCCCAUGGCACUACUUUAUCCAACCACAAGAAGAGCAGCAGUCCUGCGCCAGACCCCAUCCUCCGUCAAGUUUGCACACAAGCCAUUCUCUAUUUCCUGGUGUAUUUCAACACGUUUAUAUGGCCCUUUAUAGGGCAGAUCUUGGUAAACUCAUUGCUCACAGCUGCUGAAGUGCAGGAGAAGAAAACAGAACCUGGGUGGUACGCUCUUCAGUUUCUGUUCUGGACUCUAAAUCCACUUGGAGGAUUUUUCAACUUUUUUGUCUACACCAGACUUAGAGUUCAGCAACUGAGAAGGUUGGAUCCAGAACGCUCCCUCUAUUCCGUUUAUCGAGAAGUCAUCUUUUCCAACUACGUCUCUCAAAGGAGUAGUCGAAGAAACAGCAAGAAUGCCACCACUCCCCUCAAUGAAGCGCCUCAGCAACCCACGGCAGCAAUCCACAUCCAUCAUGUCAUGGAGCAUUCUUCCAGUUUUGCCAGCUUUGCCGAAGCAAAAGAAGAAGAAGCAGGGGUUCAAGGGGACAAUUAUUGUGGUGCUGCUGGGAGUGCACUCGCAAUGCCUCGGCUCUCUACGGAAAGUCACAGCAAUCAUCAUUCUGCCAAUCGCCCAAGUUGUGCUAGCUUUGAAGCUGUUCAAGAGGAACCAAACGGGGAAGAUGGGGACACUACUACUGCUACUCCUUCAACCGAAGGAAUCCACACCAACGGCAAUGCUGUCCGCCAAACAAGGAGUGAUACUUUUGAGAAUGAAGAUGGAGGGACAAGAGUGGAAGCAGGGGAAGAUGGAAACAAGAGGGGUGACAACGAUGACAGCCAAAUGCCGCAACCUUCAGACGGAGCAAUCAGCAAGGAUUUGACAGACCCUUCCAGUAUUGCGCGCCUUCAAAACAAGGAGGACGGAAAAGAAGAGGAAAGAGGGGACGAUGUCGGCUUGAACUCGAUCUCAGAAACGCAUGUCCCCUCUGGAGAAAUCCCCGACAAUAGUCACGCUGCCAAUCUUCCAGGUAUUUCUGGUUUUGUGGCAGGCGAAAACGUGCAACAACACAAGGAAAGGCUGGAACAUGCCAGCAGUGGCGACAAUCCAUAG